ACUCAUGCACACAUCCCCCUUAUCCUCCUUUGUUUAGUAAUUACUAGACCAGAGCAUUUUCUCUCACAACUCUUCCUGUUGUUUCAGAGCCAAAAACAACCUCCAGGGUGCAUCAGCAUCUUCUCUUUUACAGAAAUGCGUUGAAUAAUCCCUUUCCUUCAGCAGUGGGAUCAUCUCGGGUCAAUUUAUGCACUCUCUUGAUUACUCUUGAGUCUUUGUAUCUUCUGUUUAAUUCUCUGCAUCAUCCAUUCAUGAGGAAAAUCAUUUGACUUAAGUUGCACGAGGAAAUGUAUCCUCCUUUUGCUUCAAACAGUGUGUGUGUGUGUGUGUGUGUGUGCGUGUGUGUGUGUGUGUGUGCGUGUGCGUGUGCGUGUGUGUUUGUCUGGGCCCAGGGCUCCUGUUUCUCGCUCUGACCUAUUUAUCUGGAGUUGAACUUAGAUCUAGGCUGACAGACAGACCUAAAAAACACAUACACACACACAGACACACACACCUCUUUCCUCUUCCCUGCCAUAUUCUUUUACAUGCUUCUGUUCCCCUUUAUUCUCGUUCCCACUUCCUUUCUCUCCCCUUCUCUUUCUCUUGCAUCUAGUCUUUGUUUCCACUGUUAUUUAAAUUCAAUUCAGUUCAUGUGAACAAUGUUCAUUGAUCAUGGAUUAUUACAAAUGUAUAGAUAACAAGUAAGAAAAGUAAAUCAUUUCUCAAAAAGCUGACCAAAUCAAUGCGAUGGGAAGAAAAAAAAAUGUGAUCAGUGAUUCUGGCCAACAUGUGCAGUAAUAUCAGCUUGAGUACAACUUCCAUCUGUCCUGGGCCACACACACAGAAAAGGAGGAGGAGGAAGUGAAAUGUGUGUCACCUUUAAUUCCUUCCUCUCCCUCUUGGCAGCUCUUCAACCUCAAAGGGUUCCUUUGUUUGGCACAAAAGCUCACAGGGUCACAUGGUCACAGACUGGCACAGAUUGGCAAAGAGAGAAAGAGAGAAGAGGGUAGAGAAGAAAAAGUUACGGUAGGAGAAGUAGGAGGGAGGAUUUAAAGGGAAAGAAAGGAAAGGAGAGAAAAUGGCAAAAAGGGCAUGUGAAAGAGCGAGAUAGAGAACAUGGUCACUCCACUAUCUUCUUCUAUUCCUUUCAUCCGCCACUUGUUUACUUCAGCGUGACACACAUACUCAUGGAGUGGGAAUAUGCGGUUCCUUUUCAAUUACUAGAGAGUCUCCACAGUAAGCUGAGGUUGGGCAGCAGCUCGUCCUCCAGUCUGAACGACCUCUCGCAGGCCAAAGUCCCAGGAGGGGGAGAUAAGGGAGGAGCAGCUGGGGGCCUGUCUGAGGAGUGCAGCAGGGACAGAGGGACCCAGCAGAGGAGUGCCGGGGCCAACGCCACCUGGAACAGCAUCCACAGUGCAGUGAUAUCAGUGUUCCAGAAGAAGGAUCUGGGAGAAAAUGAACUCUACACUCUGAAUGAAGGUGUCAGGCAGCUGCUGAAGACAGAGCUGGGCUCCUUCUUCACUGAGUACCUUCAGAACCAGCUACUCACUAAGGGCAUGGUGAUACUGAGAGAUAAGAUCCGCUUCUAUGAAGGUCAGAAGUUGCUGGACUCCCUGGCCGACACAUGGGACUUCUUCUUCUGUGAUGUUCUGUCCAUGCUGCAGGCCAUCUUCUAUCCUGUACAGGGAAAAGAGCCAUCAGUGCGUCAGCUGGCUCUGCUUCACUUCAGGAACAUCAUCACCCUCAACCUGAAACUGGACGAGGCUCUGUCUCGACCCCGAGCCAGAGUCCCUCCUUCUAUCAUACAGAUGUUGCUAAUACUACAGGGAGUCCAUGAAUCUAAAGGUGUCACAGACGACUACCUGCGUCUGGAGUCUCUGAUCCAGAAGGUGGUCUCUCCCUACCUCGGGACUCAUGGGUUAUACUCCAGCGAUGGAUCCUCCAAUCUACACUGCUCCUCCUGCCUUUUAGAAAAGCGUUUGCCGCGAUCAUGGCCCUCUAAACCAGGCUCCCCCGGGGUUAAGAACCCAGUGGUACGCUCCAAGAGCUACAACGUUCCCAUGCUGACCCCCGUGGUGGAGUAUGACGUGGACUCCUCCACAGGUGUCAGACGACACUCCGGUGUCAGACGACACUCCGUCUCAGGGAUGACUUCCUGCUUGGAAGAGAGCAUCUCUUUGGCUGAAUCCACAAACACUGCCCCCAGCAUCACCAGCAUCACCAGCAUCACCAGCAUCACCAGCAUCACCAGCAUCACCAGCACGUCCAGCUUCCACAACCAUUCUCCAGCCUCCACAGCCUCUGCUUCACUGUCAGACACUGUGACCUUCAGCCAGGAGCCCCCCCCAGGAGCCCCUGACUGUCCUGCCAGUCCCCACCCUCUCCGGGCACAGCAUCACUCCCCCUGCAUCCUCCCAGAGCCGUCCCCAGGAGAGGACACCCACUGCACAGGCUCGCUGCAGUCAGACUCCCCCGCCUCCCUCAGAGCGCUGGCUCAGGACACCAGCUCCGGCCCCAGCCCUGCAUCCAGCCCGGAGGUCCUGAGGGGCCACGUCCCAGAGUCUUUGGACUCUGAGCCAGAGCACGAUGGCAUCUUUCUGGACUUCUCAAAACACUGUUCUGAAGGGUCGGACACACAGCAGAGUGUGGCGUGACACACACACAGACACACACAUGCAGACAGAUGCACACUGAUGCAGGACGACAUUCCUUACGCACUGGGACAAUUCCUGCUGUUUUAUUGAGACUCAAAAUGAUCAGGGAUUUUUUUAACUGAAUAUUUUUUAUGGAAAAGGUGAUCACCCAUACCUAGAAUCAAGUCUAACCACAUGCUGACUCACAGAAAUACAUAUUUUGCCUUUUUUUAAAGUGUUGGCACUAGGCUAGAAACAUCAACUCUGUCUUUUUGGGCAGCCAGGAUCACAUGCGUCCCAGGCUGUCAGAGGAAGUUUUUUCUACCGUUUUUUCUUUUUAAUGAAAACUCUGAAAAUACAUGAAGCCAGUGAAAAGACAUCCCAGGGGGAGGGGCACAUGUUGAAAAAUAAUUGUCAAAAUAUCUUAAAGAGGCUAUUAAAUACAUUUUUUAACACUUUAAAUGUAAAGGUAACUCUCCAGUUCACCCAAUGAUGCUUCUGUAUUGCUUGUUGAACAGCAACUUAUUUUAUUAGUUGAUCAUUAAAAUAUGAAUUUGAAUGUU